AAAAAAAAUACUGUGAUUUCAUAUAAACAUUUGAAAUGAAAACAUUUUAAAGAUGAACUUUGUGCUCAAUUUCUAGAACACUUAAUUCAAACAUAUUGGAUAGAUUAAAGAACACACUUUACCGAUAACUGGUUGUAGUAUAUUGUAAAGAGCGAACGAAGACGUUGGCAACCAAAAAUGUCUUCAGAAAAACCUUCAAAACCAAAAGUUCUAUCAACAUCUGUCGACAGCGUUAAUCUCGCAUGGAAUACUGUCAAAAAAUGUGACUAUUAUCAGGUAAGUUAUAAAAUUCUAAAUGAGGAGCCCUCAAAGUGGAGAACAUAUCCAAGGGAAUGCGAACACAAUGAAGUGAGGCUUGGAGAUCUUAUACCAGACACCAAAUAUGUUUUUCGCGUUAAGGCAAUUUGCGGCGACGAUGAAAGUCCAAACAGCGAUCAAAGUGAGGUUGUCACGACAAGUAAAUCUCCGGCAGAAAAUAUUCCGUACGAUAAAGUGAUUGAAGAUUCAAAAACUCCAAGCAUCAGGCUACUUCGCUGCAACGACGUGAAACAGUCAAGAAAUGAAAAGGCUAAAACAAAGAAAGUUGAAAUAGGCAUUCGUCUAAAAGGUACAGGUAAACAACAAAUUCACGAGAAGACAAUACUAUUAGUUGGAGAAACUGGUACCGGAAAAAGUACGAUGAUAGAUGGAAUUACUAACUACGUUUUAGGAGUAAGAUGGGAAGAUUCUUUUCGGUUUAAAGUUGUUCAGCUUGAAAAUGAUGAGAAAAUAAAAGCCGGGAAUCAGGCAGAGUCGCAGACUGACUGGAUCACGUGCUACACAAUCUACCAACAUGAUGGCGGAAGGAUACCGUAUACGUUAAACAUUAUCGACACCCCUGGUUUUGGCGACACGAGAGGAAUGAAGAGGGACAAUUUCUUGGUUGAACAAAUCCAUGAGCUUUUCUCAUUGAAUGGUGAGAAAGGUAUUGUAGGACUCGAUGCUGUAUGUUUCUUGAUUAAAGCACCUGAUGCACGUUUAACAUCUACUCAAAGAUAUAUUUUUGAGUCUAUAAUGGCUCUAUUUGGUAAAGAUAUAAAAAACAACAUGUGCACACUGCUAACAUUUGCUGACGGCAGAUCUGCCCCUGCUCUGUCGUCCAUUAAAUCAUCUGGUUUACCGUUUGGGGAAUAUUCCUUUACAUUAAAUAAUUCGGGGCUUUUUGCUGAAAAUAAUGAUUCAGACAAGACUGGUAUCAAAUAUUUGUUUUGGAAGAUGGGCAUUGACGCCUUCGGUUUGUUCUUUAAACAUUUGGUCACACUUCAGACUACAAGCCUUGAACUGACAAAGAAGGUUUUGGAUGAAAGGAAACGGUUAGAACUUACCAUUGAUUGUCUAUUACUUAUGAUUGAUUAUGGUUUAGAAGAACUCAAUAAACAGAGACGAGAAAUAAAGAUGCUUGAAGACAAUGAAAAGACUAUUGAAUCGCACAAAGACUUUGAAUAUGAAACUACUAAGACUAUCAAAAACUACAAAUAUCUGCCACCUGGCCAAAAUGUCACUAACUGUCGAGUAUGCAAGUUUACUUGCCAUGGAAUAUGUGGAAUAAGGAAUGAUGCUAAAAAACGUGGCUGCUGGGCAAUGGAUUCAAAUGGUUACUGUGAGCAAUGCCCGCAAAAGUGCUACUGGAAUUCCCAUCAGAAUGCUCCAUAUAUAUUUUACUUGGAAAGAAAGCCUGUAAAAAUGACCUUUCUUGAUGUAAAAGAAGCACUUGAAAUGGCACUGGGAAUAUCAUUGUCACUGCAACAGGUCAUAGCUGAACUUGAUCAAAACCUUCAGAAACUUGAGGAAGGCAUAGAGCACUUACUAUCAAUUGUCAACACAUGCAACAACGAACUUCAAAGAAUUGCACUUCGACCAAAUUCGCUUACAAUAGAAGAACACAUUGAGUUGAUGAUAAAGUCGGAAGAAAUGGAAAAGAGAACGGGCUUUAAAGAGAGAAUUGAUGAGCUAAAAAUCUGUAAAGAAAAAGCUCAGUUUGCAAAAAAGCUAGAUAAUUUCAAAGCAGAAAAAGAAAAUGUCGAGAGAAAAAAGACUUCGGCAUCCAACAGUCUUAAACGUAUGCUGAGCGGCAUUUCCAUAACAGUUACAACUAAAGUUGGGGGCACUUUUUGAAUAAGCAGUAUGCGCGCUUUAAGGUAUUGUAAAGUCGCACAAGUCUUAAACAAAAGUGCCAAAAUAGGAAUAUUGACACAUAUUAGAAAGAAUUUAUGGUAUAGUACUUAGUUAUCACUUGGUAGUUAGCGAGCUUGCAUGUGCUUUGAUCCAUUUAUCUCUGUAUUUUAUGGUUUGAUAAGUUGUUUUGAUUGUAUUAACAGUUCUUUUUCCAUGUCUUUUUAAUUUUUCAAUAUUUUCAUCUUUUGAUACGAUUUUUACUUUGGACAUUUCUCAUAACAGUCAAACAAUGUUGUGAUAAUGAAUUAUCUGACAAAAAGCUGUUUUUAUGCACAGUAAUUAUAAUUAAAGUUUAUUGUCAGUUCGCGGCGUGCAUCAUAAUAUAAUGCAUUUAAACACAUAAUACAUGUAAUACAUUUAACUUACUUUGUUUAUAUUACAAUAAUUAUGCUUAUCAAAAUGAUUAUUUAUUGAACUGUGGCAUACUUUCUUUUAAAUUAUCGUAAAUAACCGAUGUUUAGGGCUAUACAGUGGAUUAAAAUAUUCAUCUAUUUACAUGUAGUAUUACAUCUACCAUGUAUGUUUUGAAGUGCUUUGCUUAAAUUUUUGUUGAAAUAAAAGAUUUUACCAAAAAGUGAUGUAUUAGUUUUAAAUUUGUACGUUAAAUUUUUGUUUCCAUUUCAAUUGAAUGAUGUUCUUAUAAACAUUUUCAAUGAAUUAUCAGUUAAUUCCAAGGUCUAAUGACCCGUUUCCUUCUGUACUCACUUAGAAUAGACCCUUCCGACUUCUGUUAUCAAUUGCAUCUGAAGUUGUAUAUAUUUGCGUACAUUUAAUUCUGUUUUUUCUUCCUCAAAGAUAAGAUUAUAUUUUUAUAAUCUAUUUUUGAUUAAGUGUUAAAGACUUAACACCGUUAAAAGCAACAUUUUCUUAAAAAAAAUGCCUAUUUAAUUUAAUGUUCGAUAUGUAAGUUUCAUCUUCAGUAUAAAAAAUAAGUUUGUUAACCGAAUUUUAAGUUAGAAACUAAGAUAUUUACAUCUGAACAUUGACCUACAAAUGACAGAGUGGCAUGAAAAGCUGAAAAUUGUUUUCAAUAAAAGGUAAACAUAUUGUUUGCCUACAAAGUAAGUAGAGUUCUGAAUUUAUUUAUUUUAGAUUAUAAAAGCAAAAGAUAAUGUAAAGUGAAAUUUGUGUCUUAGUAGUAUAAGAAUAUUUUGUUACACUAACAGUAAAUCAUGCGAGUUGAGCCGAACAAGAUAAAUGCAAUCGACAGCGCAAAUAUAAAUAAUCAUUUUACGAGCAUCUUAUUAUAGAUAGAUUUAUAUAUAAACUUUGAUUUUGGGAGAAAAGCGACGAUGAAGUUGCUUUAUUCAUAAAACAAUGUUUACAAAAUGCGCAUUAUAUUUCGUAAUUUUAAUCACAGUUUCAAUAAAAUGAAUCAUUUCUAAAUGUCAUGGACGAAAAUACCUUGAUUAUUAUGUUCUGUAUGUUUUGUUUGAUUUCGUACAAUUAACCGGUUGUAUAUAUCUAUACUAUCCACAUACUGCCAGUUUUCAAUCACAACCACUUUUCAAUCAUCCCUCGAAUUUUUUUAUUUUUGACCUUAUUUGUCAUGUAACCAAACUGUAAGCACAUCUUGUAUUCACCUUGACUAAAUUUAUCAGCAGCAAUGUCAAUUAUGGCGAUAAAAAAGAAAAUGCUAGCAUUUUAGUUCAAAAUAUGUAAAAUGUGUGUUUUCCACUUAUCCUUUAUUUACCCAGUUACAAAUCGCAAUAAUUUUCUAAAAAUAAUUGAUUUACAGACUCAGUGUUUUGUCAGUCUGCAGAAAUGGAUAUUAAGUUGGACAACUGUUUCAAUAUCAUGAAGUCAUUAUGUUUGCUACACUUCAAAAGCUGUAAUUUUAAUAUGUACUUAUUUUACCAUACAGUUCUUAAUUGGAAGGUAAUACAUCAGUAAAGUAACAGCCACUUAACCAAGGAAAAACAUUCUCUGUGAUAACUUUUCAGUAAGGAGUCACUAGAAUGGGGUCAUAUAGACCCUAAGAUCCUAAAAAUUUCACAAGAACAUGCUUUUUCUGUUAUGCAAAUUGAAAUGUACAUCCAUACCCCAAUUGUGACAGCUUUACCACUGCAAAUAGAUAUCUAGAUUGAAAAAUGGCAUUUUAAUUAGGUUAAAAUUGUUUAUUACCAUUUAUCUGAAGUUGAGUUUGUCAAAAUUUCUUCAAAAUACAUAACUGGUUAUAUUUUAACAUUGUAUGACAAUUUUUAUGUGGUACAGUUUAUAUUUUGUUAACUGAUUGAAAAGUGGUUGUGAAAUUUUGAAGAACAAGAAAAUUGGUCAGUAAUGAUUCGUCCACGAUUCAUAAUAAUAAUUCAGGUAAAAUUUUAAAAAGUUGUUGCAUUUAUUAGCUGAAAUGAUAAUAUUUGCAGAAUUGUAAGAGAAAUUUUAUUUUUAUAAUUUCACUGUCAGUUAUUAUAGAAAAAUAUGUUAGCUGAUCGGAAAGAGGCAGUACGGGGAUAUAUUAUUAUGUUUUAUUAAUCUAUGGCUAUAGAAAAUUUAUUAUUUUCUUAAGAAAUUUUUUGUAAAGACAAAUUUCAAUUGAAUGUUUGUUUUACAGGUACUUGACUUUUGGUAACAUAAUUCUGAAAUAAAACCAUGCAACAAGUUGGUGAUUUAUUCUAGACACUUGUCGUUGUUAAAAUUUCCAAAUGCCGCUUUGAUAUUCAGGGAUCGGUUUGGUUCAAAACCAUUCCAAUUUAGAAAACUAUGUUUUUGUAAAGGAAACAUUUAUCAAACUUAAACAAAGGUGGCGAAUCACAAACAUAAGUAUAAAUUGCUUUUUCUUCUUUUACAUUAUCAGAUUAUCAAGAGUCAAAUACAUUCUUUUUUCUAUUUGUAUCAUUAUUUAGUCAGACGUUUUAUUCAAAAUUAUAUUUGUUUUGAUGUGAGUGUGUAAUAAAAGCAUUU